AUGGCGUGGCCGCAGUCCCUGCCGUCUUACUCAACCACGGGGCCAACCUCAGCACACACGUACGCCCCCCCGUCACGAACGUUUGCGGCGCUGGAGGACAACGCGCUGGAGCAGCUCUACGAAGACUGGUGUCUGCGGCGCGGCGAGGGCGACGAGGCGGAGGGGAGCGCGGGGCGCUCAUCUGGAGACACAGACGCCAUCGUCCCUGAGGUGUUCAUUGCCGCAGACCACCGCGCCGCCGCCUUCUCCAUUGCUGCGUCGGCGGCGCAUCAGUCCGCUUUGGCAUCGCUGCAGCACGAAAGCACCGCGAUGAGUGGUGCCGGGACUGGGGUGUGCCCGCGCUCGGUUUCCGACGCCCCCUUUACAUGGGAAGAGCUUCUCCGAGGUGAGCUGACGCGCCGUAACACCCGUCACGGCACCGCGUACAGCCCAGGAGGCGGCGUGAUGCUGAGCGAUCCAGAUGCGCUAGCUGACCAGGCAACUCGCCGGCUGCAGCGCUUUCUUCAGUCCGUGACAUGCGUGGAGCGACUUGUGCGCGACAGGCGCUUCAUGCGCAGCGUGGCCGUUUUCCUCUACGAGCACCACAAAGUCUUCCUGCAUCACUAUCGCCCCGCCGCCACCUCGUCAAAGGCAGCGGAGGCCGCGAUGGCCGAUGACCGAGGUGAGGACCUCCCCGCGGAUAUCGCGGCGCAUGCGUAUAUGGAGCACACACACCCGGAGCAUCGCGUGUACCAGGAGUUCGGGGAGCGGGUAUCAGCUGCGCUGCUGUCGGUGCUGACCCACCACGUGCCCGGCUUUGACGAGGCCGAGUUUGUGGAGGCCCUCUACGAGACUCCAGCCACCUACGCGAUGAUGGAGGACGCUAGGGCCGCUGUCGGGAAUCACCCAAUGCUCGGCUGCCCACAGAGUGUCCUGUCCUUUCCCGCGUCGCGUUUGCUGCUGGCGAUGAGUGGAUUCGAGAGUUUCUUUGUGUGGAUGAUGGACUACAUCUACGAGGAGUACUACCUCGACACCGAAAUUGAAGAGGGCGCACCGUCAGUCGCCGUGGCUGGCGUGCGUGGUUUGCGUGCACUUAUUCGGUCUACCUACAGCCGCCCAGCCGCUGCGAGCGCGGCUGAUACGUCCGCAGAGGAAGUGCGAAUCAGCGCUGCCGUGCAGGGCUCAGCGGGGCAACAGGAGACGCUGCUGCACAUGUCGAACCCGCCAGUGCCCGACAGCGCGAGUGCCUCUUUCGCUCUUUGUCCCGCAUCCGAGCCGCAUCAUCCUACCCUGCAGCGAUCGCCGCUGCUCACGCGUUUGUCGCACACGCCUCCUCCGCCUGAGACGGUAGCCCUCCCAGUACGUGCCUCACUGCUAUCAAGCGGACGGGGCAGCGGCGAGCCGCUGCGCAAGCUCUUCCCUACUCCUCCCGCAAGCGCCGAUGGGGCAAGCCGUGGGCUCAAUGGCACCGGUGUAGCGCCCUAUCGCAAGCGGAAAACUACACACCCCGGAAGGGACCUGCCUCCGAUAGCGCCGAACGCCAACGGAAUGAUGUCAGCGAGUUGCAGCAUGGCAACGACGUUCAGUGAGCUGUCGGCUUCGGCGAGUGGGCUGGGGUCGUCGCCGUCCCAGCGGCGGAGCGAGAGAAAUGUCGAGCGAACGCCCAUAGCGGAAUCGACCCACGCCUUCACGUCCUGCUCUGACGACGCUCUAGAACAACCGGCGCGCUCCAUCGCGCCGAAAACUUCCACAGGAGUGAUGGCCCCAAUCGCAGAUGCGUCCGCCAGGCAAUGCGGAGGCGCUGUCCGGAGUAAAUCCCGCUUUUCAUCCACGCCGCGCACCAACACUGGCGCCGCGCGGAAGCCAAAGCCGCAGAAUCCACGGCUGAACCACUGA